UUGGGAGCGCUGCGCGGAGCGGCAGAGGUGGACCCGCGGCGAGUGGGGCAUCAGAGAAUGUUCUCUAGUUUUUAAAGUGAGUUCUGAAAGUUGGUUAUACUGAAGGAGCUGAAGUGGGAGAUGUUGCCAUUCCGGGUGGCAGAGCCGGACAAGCCAGCACAAGACUUUUUCAGCAGCUCAAUGGCCUCCCCGAAGAAGAAACUUCAAGGUCUUGUUGCUGCGACCAUCACGCCAAUGACUGAGCAUGGAGAAAUCAACUUCUCAGUCAUUGGUCGGUAUGUGGAUUAUCUUGUAGAAGAACAGGGAGUGAAGAAUAUCUUUGUGAAUGGCACGACAGGAGAAGGCCUGUCCCUGAGCAUCUCAGAGCGCUGCCGGGUCGCGGAGGAGUGGGUGACAGAAGGGAGGAACAAGUUGGAUCAGAUAGUAAUUCAUGUGGGAGCACUGAGCUUGAAGGAGUCACAAGAACUGGCCCAACAUGCAGCAAAAAUAGGAGCCGAUGGCAUCGCUGUCAUUGCACCUUUCUUCCUCAAGCCGUGGAACAAAGAUGUCCUGAUUAACUUCCUAAAGGAGGUGGCCGCAGCGGCCCCUGCGCUGCCGUUUUACUACUAUCACAUUCCUGCCUUGACAGGGGUGAAGAUUCGUGCUGAGGAGUUGUUGGAUGGAAUUCAGGAUAAGAUCCCCACCUUCCAAGGGCUGAAAUUCAGUGACACAGAUCUCUUAGACUUCGGGCAAUGUGUUGAUCAGAAUCGCCAGCAGCAGUUUGCUUUCCUUUUUGGGGUGGAUGAGCAACUGUUGAGUGCUCUGGUGAUGGGAGCAACUGGAGCAGUGGGCAGUACCUAUAACUACCUGGGAAAAAAGACAAACCAGAUGUUGGAGGCUUUUGAACGGAAGGACUUCUCCUCGGCCCUGAACCAUCAGUUUUGUAUUCAGAGAUUUAUCAACUUUGUGGUCAAACUAGGUUUUGGAGUGUCGCAGACCAAAGCCAUCAUGACUCUUGUCUCUGGGAUUCCAAUGGGCCCACCCCGGCUUCCACUACAGAAAGCCUCCAGGGAGUUUACUGAUAAUGCAGAAGCUAAACUGAAAAGCCUAGAUUUCCUUUCUUUCACUGAUUUAAAGGAUGGAAACUUGGAAGCUUGUAGCUAGCGCCUCUCUCUAUCAAAUCAGGGUGUGUACGUUGAGAUAUAAUCCACUUUGAAUAGUGCAUUCAUUUCUCAAAAACUUUUUAAAUGAGUUUGAACUAAACUUUCCUAGCAAAUGAAAUCUUGCAUCAAUCAACAAGUAUUUAAAUACCUACUAUGAUCUUUUAAAAGUUUUAAUUUGUGAAGGGGCAAAAACUCUAAAAGGAGUUAUGAGCCCUAAGUCAUUCAAUAUUUCACAGAAUUUUGGUGGAGGAGUUUUUGCAUAAAUGGAUAAGAUGGAAUCAAGAGGAGAAUUGUAAUUGAUUAAUUCCAUCUGCCUUUGGGAGCUCGAAUUGUCUUGAUUUCUGGUUGUUAAUCCUAUUUUAAAGUUUUCUAAUUUUAAACCACCAUAAUGUACUUUCAUUUUAAUAAAUGUUCAUUUGGAAUCUA